UUGCAUAAACUUAGGCGCAAAAAUAUCAAAUACAACGCUGAGCAACCAAAUUCCUCUUAUCGCUCAACACGAAACCGCAAAAAAUCAAAAUAUAAACUUGCAUACAUGUUGUUGUACUUGUAUGUUGCGAUGUUGUAAUCUUCUUAAUGAAAUGUUAUAUUUACAAAUCACUCAACUGUCUGUCAAGCGAAGGAAAACAACUAUUUUCUAGCUAUCAUCGUGGUUAAUUUUAUUAUAUUAAAAUAACAAAAAAUAUUGUUUAUGUGACGUGAUUAAAGUCAGUUAGUUUCAUUCUAUUAAUAAAAAAAUAUUGUUUUUUUUCGCCGUCAUUAUCAAAAUAAAUGUUUCUGGCAUAAAUUGUUGUAAUGGAUACGAAACUAACUGCCAAAACAGCCGAAGUGAUACAUUUGGGCGCUACAACCAAAACUAUUUUCCAGGAUGCGGAAACGCAAAAUCUAGCAACGGAGCAUAAAAUUGAUAAUAAUGACAGAAGUGGCAAUAAUGCUAAUAAUGACAAUAAUAGCAACAAUAGCAACAAUGGCUACGAUAUUGUCGAAACGGAUAAUGAACCUGAAGCAUACCCGAUUGUGAAGCGUCCCACUAAAUCGGAGCUGGGACGUAUGAACAGUUUAGAUUAUGCAGGAAAUAAAAAUGUAGUGGAAGGUUUGAUGGACAUUGCACUAUUGUCAGCGAACGCUAAUCAGUUGCGGUUUUUACUUACAUACAAUAACAAAGCGCCUACCUUUUAUAUCAGUCUGGGGCUAGUGAGUGUCUCUUUAGUGCUGCAGGUUGUUGUAGGUCUGGCGCUAAUCUUUAAGCGUCACAUGAAGAAGAACGAUCGACGUUAUAUCUACAUUAAGGAGCUGCUGAUUUUUGGCAUAUUUAUUAUAACUGUAGUGAAUGUACUGAUUGCUGCAUUUACCACAACCGAAAGCGAUGACAAACCAUAGGCGGUCCGAUUGAUCAAAUAACACCAAAUAACAAAGUAUAAUGAAAUUUUUUAGAAACUAAAAAGACUAAUAAAGACUGCUGUUAAAAGUUGA